AUGACAACUAAAACGCGAUUCAAAGCUUUGUAUGAUUGUACAGCAGACGAACCUGGUGAGCUUUCGUUCAAAGAGGGCGAUAUUUUAGUUGACGUAGUAGAAUCUGGCGAAGAGGGUUGGUACAAAGGUCGAAUUCAAAACACUUCGAAGAUUGGGUUGAUUCCGUUUAACUAUGUCUCUCCUUUGUCAUCAGACAAAGAUACUGAAGACAAAAAACAGUUACCACAGCUUGAAAUUGAAACAACUGGCUCGAAGAAUAGUACGGCGAGAGAAGAACAUAAGGCCCAACAACAACAACCACAGCCCCUUAAGCGUGUGGAUGCUUUUGAGGCUGCUAUGUCACCUACUAGACGAAUGAAUAAGCCGAAAAAUGUACUAUCACUCGCUUCCAAAGCAAUAGACUCUAAACCCUCUGUCAAUAUUUCCAAUAGCAGCAAUCAGACACCUCCGCCUAUUGUCAGUCCGAAACCAAGCAUUGCUACAACAGUGGGAUUGGGAAUGAAACCUUCAGCAGCGACCAUUUUUGAUAAAUCAGAACUCAAACCAUUAAAUAAAAAGGAUGUAGAAAGUGUAUUAAAACCAUCAGAGCUGGCUAAAGGUAACUCGCCGCUCGAAAAAGUGCUUGGUAGGAAUAACAGUAAUGACAACGUCCUGAGCAAUUUUCCUGCAAGACAAACUGCAACAGCGUCAUACAAAUCAACCGGUAGCAACACCAACGGUAUUGCACUUGUAAGGUUAGCCAAAAAGAAUGAAGGAAAGUCCAAUAGCAACGAUGUUGAAGAUGAGGAUGGGUACCAAAUGGUGAAGCCUUCACAAAUUCGUCAACGGCUAAACAGUAAUUCAUCCGUUGGUCAAAACAUUUCGACAAGACCCAGUUUUCCAGUGUCCUCAUCACCGCGACCGAAAACAGCUACUUCUUCUAAACCGCUCUUAAACAAUAACUCUACCUCUUUAUCGACUGGAACAACCAGUAGCCCAUCCUCAACGAAAAAUAGGCCCUCAUCAACGUCUUCGUCGGUCAACUUAGAUGAACUUUCCUCCAACAGUCCUAUGCCUCGUUUACCAUCACGUCCUGUAUCUGCUGCAGGAAGAAAAGCACGUAUGAGUAGAUUGUCGGCAAAUUCUUCAUCAUCAUCUCCAUCUGCACCUUCAGCUUCAGUGACAAAGCAAGUCGAUAGUAAACCGUUGUCUUUCGCCUUUGAAAAGAUCGCUACUAAUACUUUACCUACUUUGAAACCAAAACCACAAACUUGCACUGAUAAUGAUAAGAGUGAUAAAGACAAUAGAAAUAACAAUUCUCAACUGCAGCAACCCAACCUUCCACCUCGCCCCAAUAACAAGCUUCGUAGCUCCUCUAAUCCACCUCCAUUGCAAUCUAAACCGUCCAUGUCAUCUAUUGAAUUGUUACUUUCACGAAAUGAGCAACAGAAACCAACACCUCCUACGAAAAGCAAAACUCCCCCAGUGUUGACACAAAAACCUUCUGCACUAUCAACCAAAAUGCCCGAGUUACCCGCUCGACCUAAUUUAGGCUCAUGGGUGAAAGAUAACAAUGAUAGCAACAAAAAUGCUACUGUUAAGCCUUCCUUUUUAUUCAAUAGAACACGAUCCGCUACUAAUCCUCUUACAUCUAACAACCAAGCAGAAUGGUCGUCUAUUUCAAACAAAACAGCACCUCCUCAGCCGCAUACUCAACCACCAUCAACUCGUUCCAAGUCACCUAUUUCUCGAUCAAUCAAACCCCUCUCCCACGAAGCAUCUCAAACAACCGAUUCUCCUUCAACGUCGUUACCAACUUCCACUACUAUUACCACGAAUAAUAAAAAGAAACCUGCUCCGCCCCCACCUCCACCAUCCAGAGCGCCUAAAGGCAACAACAACAGAGGGCAGAAUCGGUACGAAAUGUUAUUUAACUCUGUUCAUGAUGACGGUUACGUUGAUGGUGAGACUGUUCAGUGUAUAUGGGUAAAGAGUAAAUUGUCCAAUGAAGAUUUGGCCAAUAUCUGGCGGGAAUGUGAUCCUGAACAUAAAGGUUUAUUAGAUAAAGAGGCAUUUAUAGAAGGCAUGACAAAGAUCGACGAGAUACUACUUCAAAAACAACAAUUGCAACAAAAGCAGACCACCGCUGCUAUGUAG